CUUCUCUAUAUCAACACACAGACGCCAUUAAUUUUGAACGCAGUGAGACUGGAAAUCAGAGAGAUGGAUUCUAAGCCGCGCAGGCUACUACCCUUUGGGGGUUCCAGCUCUUCAACACUCUCCACACCUUCAACCCUCUCCUCCUCUUCCUCCCUGGGUGCCGGCUCUCUCUAUGGCAGGGGCAGCGUCCUUUCCAGCGAGCGAUUCGGUCGGAGCUCGUCCAGUAAACUGGACUCGGACUACCAGAGCUCCCGUUUCCUAAGCAGCUCCCGAGACUACAGCUCUCCAGAGAGCCGCCACUCAAGCUGGAAACUCUCAUCCCCUCUCUCUUCCUCCGUGUCAUGUGACCGCUCGUGGGCUGAUUCCUCCUUGGGGAGCAGCAGGAGCAAGCUGACGGAUACGGAGAGGAGACUGGGCUCCUACACGGGCCUUCUCAGCUCCACUCAGGACAGCGAGUCCAAACGUGCCAAGCUCUCCUACACCAACCGAGCAACCUACGGCAGAACCCCGGGCAGCUCCACAACUAGCAGCACCUACUCCUCCCUAAACAGCGCCGCAGAUAUGCCCUGGAAGAGCCUCAGCCCUCUGUCCCGAUCGUCCUCGUCCUCGUCCACCUCCUCCAGCUCGUCCUCGUCCUCUGAGGGGCUGUGGGCGCGCAGGGAGCUGGACAAGAGGGGAACGACGGGCCUCAGCGGCCUCAGCAGCCUAGGAGAGCGCAGCUCCACAUACGGCUCCUCUCUGUACCGCCCAGAGCGCGUGACCUCCACCUAUGCUCAGGGCGCUCGCCCCAAAGAGAGCCUCAGCUCCUCCACCCGUCGGGAGCUGAACUCCAGCCGCCACCUCCUCUCCUCCCCCACCUCAAGCACCUCAUCCUCCUCCUCCGACUACCUCUCCCCAUCACCAGCUCGCGCCUCCCUCUCCUCCUCUGACCGCCUCGCUUCCUCCUCCAUCACCUCUUCCUCCUCCCGUGCUCGCUCCUCCCUCUCUGACCCCUCCCGCCUCUCCUCCUGGAGCUCCACCCCUUACACGCCCCUCUCCCAGCGCCGCUCCAGCCCCCCGCCCUCCAACCCCGCCCCCGCCCCGCCCCCUCCGAGCCGGAGCAGCCAACCGGACGGCAGGCGCUCCACCCGCCACCUCCUGUCCCGCCUCUUCUCUCGCCGCUCCAGCCAGGACUCCGCCUCCACCCCCGCGCCCCCUCCACCCCCCGCCCCCAGACUUCCUGUCCCCACCCCCGAGCCUCCGGCCGCCCCCCGCAGCCGCCAGCCUGAGCAGCAAGAAGCAGCCGUGGUGGUGCCGGACCCGGUCCAGUCGGCCUUCGCCAUGCUGCGCCGGCGGCGGCAGGAGUUGUCCCCGGUGCGGGAGCCGCGCAGUCGGGCCCCCGACGGCCAGCAGCAAACGUCCCCAGAGUUCUGGAGGAGCCAGGCGGCAGCAGCAGCAGUGACAGCCUCAGGAGGAGGAGGAGGUGCAGCAGCCGCAGCAGCAGCAGCAGCCGCCGCCGCCGCAGCAGCAGCAGUAUCAGCAGGAGGUGGAGGUGGAGGAGGAGGAGGAGGAGGAGGUGGGAGCUCGUGGCUCUCCUCUUCCCUGCGGAACCGCUGCACGCCCCUUUUCUCCCGGCGCCGCCGAGAAGGACGAGAUGAGACGGCUGCACGCACAGAGCCCCCGCAUGUCAGCCCCGACUCCCCGCGCUCACAGCUGGAGGAGGAGGACGAGGAUGACGAUGAUGAGGAUGAAGAGGACGAGUCCGAAGGAGCGGCAGGGUCUUCUUCCACGGGACCUUUAGGCCUGUCAGCAGCUCAACUACAAGAUGCCGCGCGAUUGGCUGGUCUUAGCCACGGCCACACCUUCACACGGAUGAUCUCCAAUCCGCUACUCCGGAUGCCCGAGCACAUGAUGCUGGCAGUGGGGGUGGGUGGGACUGGUGGGAGGGGCCAGCCUGACGGACAGGAGAAGGAGAAGGAGAAGGAGAAGCCGGUGUCCUCUAGGGACCCAGAGAGGCUGCGGAAGAUCCAGGAGAGCCUGCUGUUGGAGGACUCUGAUGAGGAGGAGGGGGACCGGUGCCGCAUCUGUCAGAUGGGGGAGGACUCCAGCUCCAACCCCCUGAUCGAGCCGUGUCGCUGCACAGGCAGCCUGCAGUACGUGCAUCAGGACUGCAUCAAGAAGUGGCUCCUGUCCAAAAUCAGCUCUGGGACGAACCUUGACGCCAUCACCACAUGUGAGCUGUGUAAGGAGAAGUUGCAUCUGAAUAUAGACAACUUCGACAUCAAUGAGCUCUACAGGUCCCACGAACGGUCGGAGUAUGAGUUCAUCAGCUGCGGUUUGUACCUGGUGGUGCUGCUCCACCUGUGUGAGCAGAGGUUCUCUGACGUGUUGGGCGCUGCCAACGAGGCGGGGUUUUUCAACUUGGCGAGAACGCUUCACGAACACAUGGACAAUCUUGAAAGUUCAUACACUGAGUCCGAUGAAGAGGAGGUGCGGGACCACCGUCCGUCCAUCGACUUCUGUGACCUGGAUGAUGAUGAUGAUGACGACGAGGAAGAGGAGGAGUACUGAUCAAAGGGAGAAGCCAGGGAGUGACCUGACGGGGAGCAGCAGGGAGGGGUGCCGUCCAGAGGUUCUCCUCCCACUCUCCUCUCCCCUCUCUCUGGGCUGGUCCAACCUCGGCCUGCCUUUGUACUGUGGAUAGGGCCCAGCAAGCGGCCACCAUGCCAAGAACAGGGGAGAAGCAGUUGCUUUUUCUGCCUUACAAACACGAGAGAAUAAAAAGUAACAAAGUUUGUUUGGAUAGUUACCCCCCCCCCCCCUCUUAGUUUGUUAAAUCACUGUAUCCAACAGUUCCUCUGGAGAAAACACUCUGCCUUUUUUUUCUUUUCUUGUGUCUCUCCAUGCAGUUUUUCCACAACGAUCAUAGUUUUGCUUCUCCACUCACUCACUCUGUCACAGGGGUUAGGCAGACUCUCAUCAAUCUUGUAUCUUUGUUUCUCAUUUUAUGUGUGUGAGGUGUUCUGCUCACAUAUGCCUUUGGAUGUGAUGUGUGUCAAGGCCUUUGGAUGCGCUGAACCCCACGGACUGGGGUUGUCAUUUUUGAACAAAUGAUUCCCUCUCGAGCGCUCUACAUUUUCAUUGAUGCCUGGCUCAUACACAUGGGGGUGUCUGUGUGUGUGUCUGUCGUGUGUGUGUGUGUGUGUGUGUGUGUGUGGCAGUGAGAAAGAACUGCAAUGCAUAUUCCUUUUAAACACCUCCUUUUUCUGUAUGUGAAAAACCAUAUGGGUUGUUUUUUGAGGUGAAUCUCUUGCAUUUAAUGUGAAACAGAGCUAAUGUGACUUGUUUGUUAUGUUUUUGUUUUCAAUUUUGUGUUGCGUCCUGUCUUUUUGUGUUUUAAGAACAAAAAAAAAAGGUAAUGUAAGUGUUGCUCUGCUUACUGUUGAUUUCCUGGUUAAAUUCCUAAAAUAAAGCUUUCAAGUGAA